GGAGGGAGAGAGCAUGAAGGGAGAGCAGGUUCUAAGUUGAAGUCCUUCCUCAGACACCAAGUGAAAAACAGUCAUCAGGAGAGAAGAACGCAAUGGCCACCAUGACAGAAUUGAGUCCCACGGCAGGGAAGUACUCCCAAGACGUACAAGGGGAUGAGAAGCUCAGUCCUGGGAAAGCUCCAAGCUUAUGUUCCACUCGCUAUGGAAUAGCCUUCAUCACACAUCUCUGCAACUUCAUAAUAAUGGCAUAAAAGGUCAUCAUGAACAUCACCAUGGUAACCAUGGCCAACAGCACAAACCAUCAGUCCCAGUUUAACAGCUCCACUGAGGGGCUGCCUGUUGACUCAUUUGAUGACCCAAAUAAUUCCCCAAAAAGUCUUCCUGCGGGGGCCUCUGUGUAUGAUUGGAGCCCUCAAAUCCAGGGCAUCAUCUUUAGUUCUAUCAACUAUGGCAUGAUCCUGACACUGGCUCCCAGUGGAUACCUGGCUGGAAGAGUAGGAACAAAGCGAGUGGUUGGUGCUGCUCUGUUUGGAUCCUCAUUUCUCGUUCUCUUCACCCCUCUGGCAGCUGACCUUGGACUAGGUUUCCUCAUUGCAACUCGAAUACUUCAGGGUGUGAGCCUGGGGUUAGGAUAUGGGGGUCAGUUUGCACUCUUGGAAAGAUGGAGUCUUCCACAUGAACGAAGCUGACUCUGCAGCAUUGCUUUCUCAGGAAUGAUGCUGGGAAGCUGCAUUGCCAUCCUCCUGGGUGGCAUCAUCAGUCAAGCCCUCGGGUGGCCUUUUGUCUCCUAUAUCUUUGAAGGUGUUGGCUGUGUCUCCUGCCUUCUCUGGUUUGUUUUGAUUUACGAUGACCCCGUCACUCACCCAUGGAUGAACAUCACAGAGAAAGAAUACAUCAUAUCCUCCUUGGCCCAACAGGUCAGCUCUUCUAAGCAGCCUCUUCCCAUCAAAGCUAUGGUGAGAUCUCUACCCCUCUGGUCCCUGUGUUUUUGCUGUUUCAGCCAUCAAUGGUUAAUUAACGUAAUGGUUGUAUACACACCAAUAAUCAGCUCUGUGUUCAAUGUUGAUAUCUGAGAUAGUGGCUUCCUGUCUGCCCUUCCUUUUAUUUUUGCCUGGGUCAUUGGCAUCCUGGGAGGUUACCUGGCAGAUUUCCUUCUGACCAAGAAUUUUAGGCUUGUUACAGUGAGGAAAAUUGCCUCAGUUCUAGGAAGUCUCCCCUCUUCAGCAUCCCUUGUGGUUCUGCCAUACGUUGCCUCUAGCUAUAUCACAGCAGUGAGCCUUCUGACGAUCUCCUGUGGACUAAGCCUGUUUAGUCAGCCUGGGAUCUAUAUCAAUGCCUUAGAUAUUGCUCCAAGGCAUUCCAGCUUUCUCAUGGGAGCCUCGAGGGGGUUUGCACAGAUAUCUGCUAUCCUGGCACCCACUGUCAGUGGAUUUCUUCUCAGUCAGGACCCUGAAUUUGGGUGGAGGAAUGUCUUCUCCUUGUCAUUUGCCAUUAACACAUUAGGACUGAUCCUCUACCUUAUAUUUGGAAAAGCAGAUGUCCAAGACUGGGCUAAAGAAAGGAAACUCACUCGUUUAUGAAGUUACCCCACCUUGUAUGGAAAGUCAUUAGGCACCUUAUUUCAUAAACGAGAAGCCUUCAGUGAUGAAAAUACC